ACAUAUAAAUCCACACUAUCCUCUACAUAUACCCAUGUGUUUGAGUACACCAAUGUCUUAUAACUAGCCCUUCUUUCAUAGUCAUACAUCUCUCUCUCUCUCUCUGUGAAGCUUCCUCUUUCAAUGUCUUAGAUCACCAAUUUUACUAGUUCCAAACUUGUGUAAGCUAGCUCUGUCCGAAUGCCAGAAAAAACCAUGAGCAUAUCCGUAAAUGGGCAAUCUCAGGUCCCUCCUGGCUUUCGGUUUCAUCCAACAGAAGAGGAACUCUUGCAAUAUUAUCUGCGGAAGAAGGUUUCAUUCGAGAAGAUCGACUUGGACGUUAUUCGCGAUGUCGAUCUCAACAAGCUUGAACCUUGGGAUAUUCAAGAGAAGUGUAGAAUAGGCUCGACACCGCAAAAUGAUUGGUACUUUUUUAGCCACAAAGACAAAAAGUACCCGACUGGUACUCGAACAAAUCGAGCCACUGCGGCUGGGUUUUGGAAGGCUACGGGCCGUGAUAAGGUGAUCUACAGCAACUCUAAGCGGAUUGGGAUGAGGAAGACCCUGGUUUUCUACAAAGGCCGUGCUCCUCACGGCCAAAAGUCUGAUUGGAUCAUGCAUGAGUAUAGACUUGAUGACAACAUCUGUGAUACCAAUAAUGUUCCCGAUGCCACCGGAGAUGCAACACAAGAAGAGGGAUGGGUGGUCUGUCGUAUCUUCAAGAAGAAAAACCACCACAAAACCCUAGACAACAACAGCAGUAGCCCUUUCAAUUCAUCUAUAAUCAAUCUCGAAACAACAAGAACCCAAAUACCCACUUCAAGCGACGAAGGCACCUUAGAACAAAUCCUUCACUACUUGGGAAGGAGUUGCAAGAAGGAAGAUCAUCAUGAUUCAACAAUCAACAACACUCCAGGAUUUCUCAUGCCCAUCAUUGACACCACAACCAUCACCAAACACGGCCUCCAUGACAGGUUCAUGAAGCUUCCGAGUCUCGAGAGCCCAAACUCUACAAAUAAUAGCCAACCUUGUUAUCAACAAAUUCAACAACAACAGAUGCUCACAGACAAUGAUGAAACAGGCCUUCGUGACUGGACAGCACUUGAUCGGCUCGUAGCUUCACACCUCAAUGGCCAAACCGAGACUUCAAAGCAAAUAACAUCGUGCUUUAACGAUCCCAACAUGGGUUUCUGCUCCCUUACCUAUCAUGAUCUGCAACUACAGCAGCAAGAGCAGCAGCAGCAACUACGAUCAUCGUCAUCAUCACCGUCCAAUAGGCCGCCUUUCCAUGGCACUCCUUCGCAGGAUGAAAAUGGCGAUUUUGACCUUUGGAGCUUCACACGAUCUUCCUUGUCUUCUACCGAUCCCCUAUGCCAUAUGUCCAACACUCCUGUAUAAUACAUAUAUCAUCAGAGUUUUUCAACAUCGGACGAUACGUAUUUCGAUAUUGUUGUUUAAACCGAUGAUAGAAAUUAACCACUGUUAUAGUUUAUUAUUAUGAUAGGAAUUAUGCAAUAAUAUUGGGUGAUAAUAUUACAUAUGAAUGAAUAAAGUGAAUAAUUGUGAGAUCA